GACUCAGCAGAUCAUAUACAGCGCAGGCACAGAGCAUAUAAAAGCGCCGAGGGGCCUGGUGCCUCACACAGACCACCAGUCUCAGCCCCGAGUCUACUCCUUUACCCACACACUGCAUAACAGUCAUCAUGUCUGCCGGAGGAGAGAAAUCCAAGUCUGCUUCCCAGACUGACGGGAAGGCUCAGAACAAGAUGUCUGAUAUGGGCAACAUGGCCUACAAGAUGUGUGUGUACGACCAGGAGAACUUCCAGGGCCGCUGCAUUGAGAUCAACAGCGAGUGUAUGAAUGUGUGUGACAUAGGAAUGGACAAGGUGCGCUCCCUGCGCGUCACCUGCGGACCCUUUGUGGGCUACGAGCAGAUGAACUUCUGUGGGGAGAUGUUCAUCCUGGAGAAGGGCGAGUACCCCCGCUGGGACUCCUGGAGCAACUGCCAGAAGAACGACUACCUGCUGUCCUUUAGGCCCGUCCGCAUGGACCCCGAGAAGCACAAGAUCUGCCUGUAUGAGGUCGGAGAGUUCAAGGGCCGUAAGAUGGAGAUCAUGGACGAUGAUGUCCCCAGCCUGUUUUCUUACGGUUUCACCGACAGAGUGGGCAGCAUCAUGGUCAGCUGUGGAACCUGGGUGGGUUACCAGUUCCCCGGCUACCGUGGCAGCCAGUACCUGCUGGAGAAGGGCGAAUUCAGGCACUUCAACGAGUACGGCGCCCGCUACCCCCAGAUGCAGUCCAUUAGGCGCAUCCGCGACAUGCAGUGGCACCCACACGGCUGCUACACCAUGUCCUCCAAGUGAAACCCAGUGAGGGCGAGAAAGAGAGGGAUCGGAGGAGAGAUGGAGGCCGAGGGCGGGCACAGAGAUGGAGUGGGAGGCGGGGGAGGCAGGGCGAAGAAGGAGAGGAGAAGGGAGCGGGUGUAAUAUUUUUUCCUCUGUCCCAAAAUCCCUUGGCGGAUUGAAUGCAGGAUGGAGGUUAUGCAGUAGGUUGUUAUUUUUAGUUGUCGGAACAUUGUAGUUUAGCGAGCAAUGAAAAGUUAUUCAAAGUGAAGGAGCGGAGGAGAUAAUUACAUGGACCGCCGAGACUAGAUCUGAUAAUGAACGCUCUCUCCAUUUUUGUUCUCCCUCUCUGUUUGUCAGCUCCCUUCUCCCCACUUUCCUCUUUAUCCUCCCCUCCCUCCCUCUCUCCCCCUCAUACACUUAUCUUCCACACUUUACCAACGUCAGCCCUCAG